CAGGCGGCGGGAGGAGAGGCAGUGGCCGGGCAGCACAGCUUCGUGAAGGCUCUCGGCGCGCUGCGCCCGCAGGCACCCGGCGCGCGCCCUGCCCGCCCCCAAGAUGCCCAAGAGGAAGGUCAGCUCUGCCGAAGGAGCCGAGAAGGAAGAGCCCAAGAGGAGGUCCGCGCGCUUGUCAGCUAAACCUGCUCCUGUGAAAGUGGAAACGAAGCCAAAAAAGGCAGCAGCAAGGGAUAAAUCUUCAGACAAAAAAGUGCAACCGAAAGGGAAAAGAGGAGCAAAGGGAAAGCAGGCCAAAGUGGCUAACCAAGAAACUAAAGAAGAUUUACCAGCAGAAAAUGGAGAAACUAAAACUGAGGAGGAUCCAGCCGCUAAUGAAGCAGGAGAGAAAGAAGCCAAGUCUGAUUAAUAUCAUAUACCAUGUCUUAUCAGUCGUCCCUGUCUCCCUUCUUGUACAAUCCAGAGGAAUAUUUUUAUCAACUAUUUUGUAAAUGCAAGUUUUUUAGUAGCUCUAGAAACAUUUUUUAGAAGGAGGGAAUCCCACCUCAUCCCAUUUUUUAAGUGUAAAUUGCUUUUUUUUUUAAGAGGUGUAAUCAUUUGCUGGUUGUUUAUUUUUUGGUACAACCAGAAAAUAGUGUGGGAUGUUGAAUUAAUGGGAGGCUGUGACUAUCUUGGGUGUGAGCUUAACAUUCCAUAGAUGGGGAUUAG